UGGUGGCGGCGGAGGAGAAGGAGAAGGAGGAGAAGGAGGCGGCGAUGGAGGGGCUGGCCGGCUACGUGUACAAAGCGGCGAGCGAGGGGCGAGUGCUGACCCUGGCCGCCCUGCUGCUGAACCGUUCUGAGAGCGACAUCAAGUACCUGCUGGGCUACGUCAGCCAGCACGGCGGGCAGCGCUCCACGCCGCUCAUCAUUGCCGCCCGCAACGGCCACGCCAAGGUGGUGCGGCUGCUCCUCGAGCACUACCGCGUGCAGACGCAGCAGACCGGCACGGUGCGCUUCGACGGCUUUGUCAUUGAUGGAGCGACAGCUCUCUGGUGCGCAGCGGGGGCCGGACACUUCGAGGUGGUCAAGCUGCUGGUGAGCCACGGCGCCAACGUGAACCACACCACGGUGACCAACUCGACUCCCCUGAGGGCCGCCUGUUUCGACGGCAGGCUGGACAUCGUCAAGUACCUGGUAGAAAACAACGCCAACAUCAGCAUCGCCAACAAGUACGACAACACCUGCCUUAUGAUCGCGGCGUACAAAGGCCACACGGACGUGGUGAGGUACCUCCUCGAGCAGCACGCAGACCCCAACGCCAAAGCUCACUGCGGCGCCACGGCCUUGCACUUCGCGGCCGAGGCCGGCCACCUGGAGAUCGUGAAGGAGCUGGUCAAGUGGAAGGCGGCGAUGAUGGUCAACGGGCACGGCAUGACCCCGCUGAAAGUGGCCGCCGAGAGCUGCAAGGCUGACGUGGUGGAGCUGCUGCUGGCUCACGCUGACUGCGACCGGAGGAGCCGGAUCGAGGCGCUGGAGCUGCUGGGUGCCUCGUUUGCGAACGACAGAGAAAACUACGACAUCAUGAAGACGUACCACUACCUGUAUUUGGCGAUGCUGGAGAGGUACAGAGACAGCGAGAACAUCAUCGAGAAGGAGGUUCUUCCGCAAAUCGAAGCCUAUGGAAACAGGACUGAAUGCAGAACUCCUCAGGAAUUAGAGUCCAUAAGGCAGGACAGAGAUGCCCUGCACAUGGAAGGCCUCAUUGUGCGGGAGAGGAUUCUGGGCUCGGACAAUAUCGAUGUGUCUCACCCCAUUAUUUACCGGGGGGCUGUUUAUGCAGAUAACAUGGAGUUUGAGCAGUGUAUCAAGCUGUGGCUCCAUGCCUUGCAUCUGAGGCAAAAAGGCAACAGGAACACGCAUAAGGACCUCCUGAGGUUUGCCCAAGUCUUUUCUCAGAUGAUACACUUAAACGAGCCCGUUAAAGCCAAGGACAUCGAGAGUGUCCUGAGGUGCAGUGUCUUGGAAAUAGAGCAGGGCAUGUCCCGGAUCAAAACCACCCAGGACACUGACAUCCACACAGCCAUGGACAACUACGAAUGCAACAUUUUUACCUUCCUCUACUUAGUCUGCAUCUCUACCAAGACCCAGUGCAGCGAGGAGGAUCAGUCGCGCAUCAACAAGCAGAUUUACAACCUGAUUCAUCUCGAUCCCAGGACGCGGGACGGCUCGAGCUUGCUGCAUCACGCCGUCAAUUCCAGCACGCCCGUGGAUGACUUCCACACGAACGAUGUCUGCAGCUUUCCGAACGCGCUCGUCACAAAACUCUUGCUGGAUUGUGGUGCCGACGUGAACGCUGUGGACAACGAAGGAAACAGCCCGCUCCACAUCAUCGUCCAGUACCACAGGCCCAUCAGCGACUUCUUGACAUUGCAUUCCAUCAUCAUUAGCCUGGUGGAGGCUGGUGCUCACACAGACAUGACGAAUAAGCAGAAGAAAACUCCCCUUGAUAAAAGUACAACGGGGGUGUCUGAAAUACUCCUUAAAACUCAAAUGAAGCUGAGUCUCAAGUGCCUGGCUGCCCGCGCAGUACGGAUCUAUAACAUCAGCUACCAAAACCAGAUCCCCAGAACUCUGGAAGAAUUUGUCCAGUUUCACUAGGCUACGUAAGAUCUUUCGUGGUGGUGCUAUCCCAUGACGACAUCCAUUGCAGACCACAGAAUAUAUGUGUGUACAUGGAGUUGUGUUUCUCUCUUCUGUCACUUGGAAUUCCUUUGGAUUCAGUCUGCAGCCUCAGUUCUCACGCAGAUCUCGGGGAAAAAAAAUGCCACAAAGUUUUCCUGUAGUCAAAUCUGGUGUUGGAGGUUUUGGUCAUUUCUUUUAAUUAAAAAAAAAUAAUAACUGUUUUGUUAUCUCUUGUUUUUAUAAACAAAAGGAAAAGAUUCCCGAUAUAACUGGUGCAGAAUGUUUUGUUUCAAACACACAUCUCUGCUGAAGAUUGCUUUAAGUAGUUAUACACAAAGGCACUUCUGAAAGCCCAUGUCACGCUGCUACUGAGGCAGUAGCUUUACAAAUUUUAAAACUUCCUGAAGUGAGGUAGGAUUAAAAAAAAUUGGAAAUUACGUGGUAGUUAAAAGUGAAGUCUCAACCCACAGAGCAGUCCGUUGCUGUCAUACCUCACCGUCUUUUUAUGCCUUUCAGUUAAUGCUGAAGAUGUUGGUAACAUCUGAUUUUUAUUUGUUAUUUUAAAUUAAAUUUUGAACGGCAGUUAUCAACAGCUACAGAAGUAAGGAAUGCUCUGUUAGGAAAUACAGGUUUAAAUUCAGCUAUGGUGUAUUCAUCUAAUAAGAGUUGAAACUUCAAGCUCUUCGCUUACAGUGCUACCGUAAAUACUGAAUAACGUUUGAAAAAUGAACUUGCACAUUGAUCUAAACGAAACAGAAUCAUGGUUUCUUUUUACGUAGCUAAGUUCCUCAUAUAUAAAGAACAUGCAUGGAUACCUAGAAAUUUUAUAGGGUAUUUGUGUUUGUGUGUGUCCCAACAUUUCAAAAUGCUUUUAACUCGUUUUUGUUGUUUCAAUGAUCAACACGCACCUUUUUUUUUGACUCAAAGUAUGUAAAACUGCACUCUGGAUUCCAAAUGCUGUAUCUUCCUAAUGGAGUAGUCUGUCGCCAAAGAGAGUCUUCCUUUGGAGCGUGAUACUGCUUGAAGCUGGUUUUUCCAACAAGCGUGGAGUCUGUGCCUCCCCGAAUUGGACUGGAGAAUUUUUCAUGAUUUUUACUCCUUUCAUGAUGAAAAUCUCUAUUAAAACUGAUUUUUAAAAAAUUGUCCUAUCAUAAGAUCUUUUAUGAUAAGCAACUGAUUGUAUAUUAAAACUGUUGCUUGAGAAAGCACUUCUCCUUGGUAGAAGUUGCAGAUGCUCCAACAGUAAAAUGUCACUUGUUUUGACAGGCUACUGAGAACUCUGUUUAUUUUAAAUGCAGCUUUUUAACUGUCAGAAGAUGAAAGAAUGUUCUGUAGGUUUUUUUUAAACUAUCCGGGUAGAACUUUAAGGCAAGAUUUGGGCACACAUUUCUAUUUGUAUUACAAAUAAAUAAACAUUGAAUGUGGAAUUAGUUUGUAGCUCUAAUUUUUGCCUAGUGCCAAGAACAGUGUCGCUUAGAUUGCGCGAUGCUGUCAGCCUUGGCUGUUGUGUCUCCUUAACGGGAAGUGCUUUAAAAACACGGCGGCUUCCAAGCUGCAAACUUUAUUCUGCGGGAAGCUGCCUCCUAAAGUGAAAAUGUGUCUGCCACUUAUAUCUCAGGUAGGUUGGAAGUUUAAAGGACACGAUGUCUUGCAGCUGAAGGUCACGCAAAAUGGCAAAGCCAUGCUCAGCCACCUGGGGCCUUAGGGCAACAAGCAGAUGUUCCCGAACAGUUAGGAAGGGGUUCGUGUUCCUGCAGGGGGCUGCCCCAAAUGUCUUCCCCAUGCUGAGAUGCGUCAGGAAAGCUGCGGUUGUGUAUUUUGCUGAGGAGCUGCCGUGGUGAUUUUUAGCCUGAGAGGUGGAAAUGCAAAAAAUACUUAACUUGCUGUGGCUCCUUGAGACCCGGGGGGUGCUUUUAUCUCCCGCUUGAGGACCGUGUCUGCCGCUGCUGGAGCUUUGACCCUGUGCCUUGAGCACCUUGCGAGCAGGCACCAGCAGGUUCUUGGCAACGCUGCUGGUGACUGGCUUGGUUAAAAUGAACCAAUACCUGAAUCAACGUCUGUGUGCUACACAAAAAGUCUUCUGUAAAACCGUGCCACGCGCUUGGAAGCCAGCUUGGAUGCCGUGCUUUGCCUUUCUACAUUUGCACAUGUAUAAUUGAUAAUGUGCAUACAGCUAAAAUGAGAGCCCGUGGUCCCUGAAUGGAUUUGACCUGGGAAAGGGGGUGGGAGGCGGGGAGAGGGCUGAAAGCUUUUAGGAGCUGAUGCUGCUUGCUGUGUAACAAAGCGGUCUGGGUUGCUCCACUGGAAAUCAUCACGAGUUGCUGUGCUGUUUAUUAAGACAGUAUUUCCUUGCACUGUUUUUCUCAGGACCUGUUUCUGACAUGGAAUAAUCUCAGUGUUGUGUUCUUGUGAAAUACCUGUGUAAAACCGUCCUUGGAACAAGCAUGCAUGCUGAAAUGUCUGUAGGUAACAAUAAGGUAAAGGAAGCUGUUCUUCCCACAACUGUGCUUUUUAAUAAGAAAAAG